GGCCACGGGCGGCAGGCGGCGGGUGGGGCCGGAGGCGGCGGGAGUCCCGGCCGCGAGCCGUGCACCUGAGAGCCGACGCCCGUGUCCCCGAAGCUGCACCCGCUGCUGUCCCCGCCGCCAUGAACCGCUUCAAGGUGUCCAAGUUCCGGCACACGGAGGCUCGGCCGCCCCGCCGCGAGGCCUGGAUCAAUGACAUUCGAGCAGGCACUGCCCCCUCAUGUGGGAACCAUAUCAAAGCCAGCUGCAGCUUAAUUGCAUUCAACUCUGACCGUCCAGGUGUACUGGGCAUCGUGCCUCUGGAAAGCCAGGGAGAGGACAAGAGACAGGUGACCCACCUGGGCUGCCAUUCAGACCUGGUCACGGACUUGGACUUCUCCCCCUUCGAUGACUUCCUCCUGGCCACGGCCUCAGCCGACAGGACGGUGAAACUGUGGCGACUGCCGGCGUCUGGCCAGGCACUGCCCUCGGGGCCCGGGCUGCUGCUGGGCCCCGAGGACGCCCAGGUGGAGGUGCUGCAGUUCCACCCCACCGCCGACGGCGUCCUGCUGAGCGCGGCGGGCAGGGCCGCGAAGGUCUGGGACGCCACCAAGCAGCAGCCCCUCACAGAGCUGGCGACCCACGGGGACCUGGUGCAGGGUGCCGCCUGGAGCCGGGACGGAGCCCUGCUGGGCACGACAUGCAAGGACAAGCAGCUGCGGAUCUUCGACCCCAGAGCAAAGCCCGAGGCUGCCCAGAGCACAUCAGCCCAUGAGAACAGCAGGGACAGCCGGCUGGUGUGGACGGGCACCCAGGAGCACCUCGUGUCCACUGGCUUCAACCAGAUGCGAGAGCGUGAAGUCAAGCUCUGGGACACCCGGCUCUUCUCCGCUGCCCUCACCUCGCUCACCCUGGACACCUCUCCCAGGUCUCUGAUGCCCCUGCUGGACCCAGACUCGGGGCUCCUGGUCCUGGCAGGAAAGGGAGAGAACCAGCUCUACUGCUAUGAGGCGGCCCCCCAGCAGCCAGCACUGAGCCCGGUGACCCAGUGCCUCCUGGAGAGCGUGCUGCGGGGGGCGGCCCUCGUGCCCCGGCGGGCGCUGGCCGUCAUGGGCUGCGAGGUGCUGCGAGUCCUGCAGCUGAGCGACACGGCCAUCGUGCCCAUCAGCUACCACGUACCCCGCAAGACCGUGGAGUUCCACGAAGACCUGUUCCCGGACACCGCAGGCUGUGUGCCCGCCUCCGACUCCCACGCCUGGUGGGCGGGGAGCAACCAGCAGGUGCAGAGGGUCAGCCUGCACCCCGCCCGCCGGGCCCACCCCAGCUUCACUUCCUGCCUGGCACCCCCUGCAGAGCUCACCCCUGCCACGGCCCAGCCCGUGGGGACGCCUGUGGGUGACGCAGACCCCAGCGAGGGCUUCUCCUCCACACCCAGCUCGCUGACCUCGCCCUCCACGCCCUCCAGCCUGGGGCCCUCGCUCACCAGCACCAGCGGCAUCGGCACCAGCCCCAGCCAGCGGUCCCUGCAGAGCCUGCUGGGCCCCAGUUCCAAGUUCCGGCACGCUCAGGGCAACGUCCUGCACCGAGACAGCCACAUCACCAACCUCAAGGGGCUCAACCUCACGACGCCCGGCGAGAGUGACGGCUUCUGCGCCAACCAGCUGCGUGUGGCUGUGCCCCUGCUCAGCAGCGGGGGGCAGGUGGCCGUGCUGGAGCUGCGGAAGCCUGGCCGUCUGCCCGACACUGCACUGCCCACGCUGCAGAAUGGGGUGGCUGUGACCGAUCUGGCCUGGGAUCCCUUUGACCCCCACCGCCUCGCCGUGGCUGGGGAGGACGCCAGGAUCCGGCUGUGGCGGGUGCCCCCCAAGGGCCUGCAGGAGGUGCUCACUAUGCCCGAGGCCGUACUCACAGGUCACACCGAGAAGAUCUAUUCUCUGCGCUUCCACCCUCUGGCGGCUGAUGUACUGGCCUCCUCCUCCUACGAUCUCACUGUUCGGAUUUGGGACCUCAAGGUUGGAGCUGAGCGGCUGAGGCUACAGGGCCACCGGGAUCAGAUCUUUGGCCUGGCCUGGAGCCCCAAUGGGCAGCAGCUGGCCACUGUCUGCAAAGACGGGCGCUUGCGGAUCUACGAGCCCCGGGGUAGCCCUGAGCCCCUGCAGGAAGGCCCAGGGCCUGAGGGGGCCCGUGGAGCCCGCGUUGUGUGGGUGUGUGACGGUCACUAUCUCUUGGUGUCAGGCUUUGACAGCCGAAGCGAGCGCCAGCUCCUUCUGUACUCAGCCAAGGCCCUGGCUGGUGGCCCCUCCGCAGUGCUGGGGCUGGACGUGGCUCCCUCAACCCUGCUGCCCAGCUAUGACCCAGACACUGGCCUGGUGCUGCUCACCGGCAAGGGCGAUACCCGUGUGUUCCUGUACGAGCUGCUCCCCGAGGCCCCCUUCUUCCUGGAGUGCAACAGCUUCACAUCGCCCGAUCCCCACAAGGGAUUCAUCCUCCUGCCCAAGACAGAGUGUGAUGUGCGGGAGGUGGAGUUUGCCCGAUGCCUGCGACUUCGCCAGAGCUCCCUGGAGCCUGUCGCCUUCCGGCUGCCCCGAGUCAGGAAAGAAUUCUUCCAGGACGACGUGUUCCCCGACACCGCCGUGAGCUGGGAGCCGGCACUCAGUGCUGAGGCCUGGCUGGGAGGUGCUAAUGGGACGCCUCGGCUUCUCAGCCUGCAGCCCCCCGGCAUGACCCCAGCUGCUGAGUGCCAUGGUGGCAAAGCUGGGGAACCGGGAGGACCCGCUCCCACAGGACUCCUUCGAAGGCGUGGACGAGGACGAGUGGGACUAGCCUGUGCACCAGCCGCCUCUAGCCUCGCCCUCCACUGCCGCCUCCAGGAAAGCCUGGUGCCCCCACGCACCUCACGUCUCUCCCUCAAACUGGAAGCCACCUCCUGGCCCUGGCACACCUCAUUCCAGAAGCCCCAUCUGUCAGUUGACUCAAACUUCCUUUGAGUGUUGGGCAUUUCCACAGCCUCUGGGCCCUGCUGCAGUCUCCAUGGAUUGUCCGCAUCUCUGCUCUUUCUGGGACUGGGCACUUCUCCUCACUGCCUGCUAGCAUGUGGAGCCAGGGGCAUAGGGGUGGGGUGGAGUGAGAGCUCAGGGGCAUGUCCCUGGGCAGGCGCUAGGCUCCCUGUCCCCCCUUCCUCUGACCUGGGCUGGUCCCAGCUUGGGCUGGCUUCGCUCAGCACCUUCAGUUAUCACAUGCCGUCCCAUCUUGCCUGCUGCCCCAGUUCCAGUCAAGGGUCUAGGGGGCUGGCCCCCCCACCUGGCCAUUUGGAGCAGCUCCAGCCUCAGGGGCCUGGGAUCAGUCACCCUGCUCCCCAAACUUGAAGCCAGAAGAAAUGGGUGUCACAGAGCUAAUAGCCCAAUUAAAGGGGGUGUGAGCCCCGCAGGGACUGGCCUGCACGUGUCCUGGAUGUUUUCAACAAUUAAACUUUUCUAAGCUGGC